AUAAAGCAAAUAACCCUCAUUUAUAUUUGGGGCUUCUGGUUCUUUUGUUGCCAAAGAUACUGUGAUGUUUUAGUUGCAAAACAUCGGUUUCCUUUUCUCUCUGUACCUAAUAAUACAAUUUUCUUUCGGACUCUGUUUCUUUUAUAAUGUUUAUAGGAAAGAAUAGUGAGUAUUAAUUGGAAGAUUAAAAGUAAGUUUACAGACAUUUCAUCAGAUGUUAGUAUCUUUUUAUUUGUUUGUGUUCAUCUUAAUAAAACUAAAACAUGAGUUGAAAAGGGUGAACAGGAUUUAGUCUGGAAAAAAAAAAAAGAGAGUCAUUAAAUUAAUGCUUACAUUUGUUUCAAAUAUAGAUCUAAGAAAGCAAAAAACUCAAUAGAUAAAUCCACUGAGACUGAUAAUGGCUACGUGUCCCUUGAUGGGAAAAAGACAGGUAAAAGCAGUGAAGAAUGUACACAGGCCCAGGAGCGUCUCUGUGAGGUGAUUAAGCCAGAAGAGUUGGGCUGGAGCACCACAACCAUGAGAGAGACCUUCAGCACCCCCAGCCAUCACAAGGAGACUCACAGGACUGUGACAAAUUUAUCAGAUGAAGUUUCUAGUGAGGAGGGGCCUGAAACCGGGUACUCUUUACGCCGCAAUGUAGAACGCACUUCCAGUGAUGGCGCGCUUCGAAACAGAAAGUCUCACCAUUAUAAGAAACACUAUCCUUUGGAGGUAUCUAUUCUUCUGUUGCCUCUUUUAUGUAAAUUGAUUGAAGCUCUACGUUUCUUGUUGGGUAUUUAUUUUUUCUCCUAUACUUUUUACUUAUACAUUUUAGGAUUAUGUUAAUUUGAAGCCAUGCUA